CCCGGCUAACUGGCAACUCUAAGCGGUGUUGAGAGAGCGUCAGCUGAUAACACCACCACCACCACCACCGCCUCUCAACACCACCUCCUGCAGCAUCAUCACCACUUGCUCCUGCCAGCUCGUCCCGUCACCACCACCUCUCAACACCACUUCUCAUCACCACCUGUCAUCACCACUUGCCUCCGUCACCUCCAUUCAACUCCAGUCACCACCAUGGCCACUGACAAGAAAGUCCUCCCGGAAAGCCUCAAGAAGAUAUUUAAAUAUGUGGAUGACAACAAGGAACGGUUCAUUGACGUGCUCCGUGAGGCUGUGGCCAUCCAGUCCGUGUCAGCAUGGCCAGAAAAACGCCAGGAGAUAGUCCGUCAAAUGGAGUGGGCCAAGACGAAACUGGAGGCUCUCGGAGCCACUUGUACUCUGAAUGACAUUGGCGAGCAGAUACUUCCGACAGGCAAAAAGAUCGCUCUACCUCCAGUGUUGACUGGCCAGCUAGGAAAUAACCGCAAGAAAAAUACCCUGCUUGUGUACGGUCACCUUGAUGUCCAGCCAGCCCUAUUGGGUGAUGGCUGGGACACUGAGCCAUUUGUUCUGACAGAGAUGAACGGCAAGCUGUAUGGCCGAGGUGCCUCUGAUGACAAGGGACCAGUGAUUGGCUGGCUACAUGCUAUUGAAGCCUACCAGAAGAACGGCCUGGAUGUCCCUGUCAAUAUCAAGUUUGUGCUCGAAGGCAUGGAGGAAUCAGGGUCCGAGGGGCUUGAAGAGUUCCUCACAGCUGAAGGCAUUGAGGAACCCACGCCCGGGAAAGAAGAUAAAGACAGAAAGGCUGAAAAGAAAAAGAAAGAGCUAAAGGACAGGUUCCUCUAUGGCACUGACUUCGUUUGCAUCUCGGACAACUAUUGGCUGGGGACGGAGAAGCCGUGCAUCACCUAUGGUCUGCGUGGAAUCUGCUACUUCACUAUUACGGUUGAGUGCUGUAAGAAAGAUCUGCACUCUGGCGUGUUUGGAGGCACUGUGCACGAGGCCAUGGCUGACCUCAUAUACCUCAUGGACAACUUGGUUGAUGGCAAAGGCAAAAUUCUCAUUCCUGGCAUAAUGGAUGACGUUGCUGAACUGACACCAGAGGAGGAGAAACUCUAUGCUGACAUUGACUUUGAUUUGGAUGAAUAUCGUCAUGACAUGGGCCACUCUCGCCUCAUCCACCAUGGAGACAAGGUCAAAACCUUGAUGGCACGCUGGAGGUACCCUUCCCUCUCCAUCCAUGGCAUUGAGGGAGCCUUUAGUGAGGGUGGAGCGAAGACUGUCAUUCCACGCAAAGUAAUUGGCAAGUUCAGCAUCCGCAUCGUGCCCAACCAGGUUCCUGAAGUUGUCUCGCAACAGACUUGUGAUUACCUCAACCAGAAGUGGCAAGAACGGGGCAGUUGUAACUUCAUGAAGGUCACAGAGCUGGAGGGUAGUGCUCCAGCCUGGCAAGCAGAUCCCACGCACCAGAAUUUUGAGGCAGGCCGUAGAGCCACUCAUAUAGUGUAUGGGGUGGAGCCAGACCUGACCAGGGAGGGUGGCUCCAUCCCCAUCACAAUAACGCUACAGAAGGCAACUGGCAAGAACGUCAUGUUGCUGCCCAUGGGUGCCAGUGAUGACGGUGCCCACUCCCAGAACGAGAAGAUUGACAUCCGUAAUUACAUCGAGGGGACUAAACUCAUGGCAGCUUACCUUCUUGAAGUUUCCAAAGCUUGAAACACUUGUCUGAGCCAUGCCACUCCACUGGAUCCUGAUGCAAGCAAGUCUUAAGUAAAGUUCCUGACAAUAUUCCUUCUGUGGGUCGGUAUACAGAGCCACAGGAGAGCAUUUUUCCAUAUUCACGGUGGUUGUUGGCGGUUGUGGUCUUGUGCCUUAAAUGUAGCUACAGUAUAUUGCUUUGAAACUGAUGAACAUAAUUUGGUUUGAUGUAAAAUUUCUAAGCACUCUAUUUUUUUUUUUUCAUGCCUGCUCAAGUGCUGAGAGAAAGCUUAAGAAAUACAUGAGUUUUCAGUUUUUUCUUGCUAAGUUAAGGAAAAAUCAUUUGACUUGUAAUACUUCCUGGUAAGUUAAGAGGAAAAGCUGCAGAAAUACAUGAAUUUUCAGCAUUUUCUACCUAAGUUAAGGAAAAUCAUAUGACGUGAAAUGUGUCCUGAUAAAAUAAAAAAAUAAAAAAUGUUA